GAGGACAGUGGGACGCCUACCUGUCAGAUCUGCUCCACCUGAGUCCCGGCGGCAGGAUGACGCGCAGCGCGCGGACACCCGGAGCGGCUGCGCUCCUCCUCCUCAACAUGGUCGCAGCUGCCGCGGCCAGAAGGCACGUCGUUUACUGGAACUCCACAAACACAAGGCUAACGGCAGGAGAUCUGUCCAUCCAAAUGAAUUUCAAUGAUUACCUGGACAUCUACUGCCCCCAUUACUCCGCCAUGGGGGCUCCAGUUCCGGAGCAGCCGGAGACUCUGGCCCUCUACCUGGUGGGCGAGGAGUCGUUCAAAGGCUGUGUGGAAACCAGAGGGGCCAACAAGCGGUGGGAGUGUAACACCCCCUUCGCUCCAUUUGGACCCGUGCGCUUCUCGGAGAAGAUCCAAAGGUUUACUCCCUUCUCCCUGGGCUUCGAGUUUCUGCCGGGGAAACAUUACUACUACAGCUCUCUGCCGACAGAUGAAGGCCCUCCUCUGCCAUGUAUGAGGUUGCGUGUCACAGUGUGCUGUGAGCCCACAUCAGAGGGUUCACAACAAAAACAAGAAACGAAACGUCUAAAGAGUGGCUCCUCGCUGAGAACUGUUUCCCUUCCUCUCAUCCUCUUCUUCCCCUUGCUGAUCACCUGAUUUAUCCGUCCUCAUCACCGACUUGUGGGAGCAAUCACUCAGAUGUUCGGAGAAACAAUGCGAUCUGUCCUCGGAGAACAAAACAC